GACAAGUCCAUGAUCAAGAAGCGCUACACGUACUUGACCGAGGAGUUCCUCAAGGAGAACCCAAAGUUCUGUGCUUUCAUGGCGCCUUCAUUUGAUGCCAGGCAAGACAUAUUGAUUGUUGAGGUACCAAAGCUGGGGAAAGAAGCAGCAGAUGUGGCCAUCAAAGAGUGGGGACAGGACAAGUCCAAGAUCACCCACUUGAUCUUCUGCACCACCAGUGGUGUCGACAUGCCCGGAGCAGACUACCAACUCACCAAACUCCUUGGUCUCCGACCCUCUGUGAAGCGAGUCAUGAUGUACAACCAAGGAUGCUUUGCAGGUGGUACGGUCCUUCGCCUGGCCAAGGACCUUGCAGAGAACAAUAAAGGUGCACGUGUCCUUAUAGUGUGCUCUGAGAUCCAUGCUGUGUCCUUCCGUGGCCCAAGCGAGACUCACCUUGACAGUCUUGUGGGUCAAUCUCUUUUCGGAGAUGGAGCAGCUGCAGUGAUAGUUGGGGCUGACCCAAUUCCUGGUGUUGAGAAGUCCUUGUUCGAGCUGGUCUCGGCUUCCCAAACCAUCCUCCCUGACAGUGGAGAUGCCAUUGCUGGGCAUCUCAGAGAGGUUGGUCUCGUCAUCCAACUUCUUAAAGAGGUUCCCUACAUCAUCUCCGACAACAUUGAGAAGAUCCUUGUUGAGGCAUUUGAGCCACUGGGUAUCUCUGAUUGGAACUCAAUUUUCUGGAUCCCUCACCCUGGUGGACGGGCCAUUCUAGACCAGAUUGAGGCCAAGCUCUCCCUUAAACCGGAAAAGCUACGAGCAGCACGACACAUCCUUAGCGAGUAUGGUAACAUGAGUAACCCAUCUGUGUUUUUCAUAUUGGAUGAGAUGAGGAAGAUGUCGACCGAAGUGGGGUUGAAGACCACCGGUGAAGGGCUUGAGUGGGGUGUUCUUGCUGCGUUCGGACCCGGUCUGACCGUUGAGACUGUAGUGCUCCACAGCAUGGCUGCCUAGGGAGAAAAAA